AUGGAUGAUAAUAGAUUGCAUGAGUAUUGUGAUAAUCUUCAAAUUGCUUUAACAUAUAGUGGCAAAUCAGAUAUUGAUGCUGAUUAUUUAUUUUCUGAAUUGCAACCCGGCCUACUCAGCCUCGCCGACCUCUGCCGCCGCACCGACUACCCUGCCCUCUGCCUCGACGCCGCCAAGGCCUACGGCCACGCCUACCCGUCCCCGCCCGACGCCGCAGCGCUGCUGUCGAUGCACCUCGACAUGGCCGCCGACCACACGCGGACGGUCAAGGCCGAAGCGGAGGAGCUGCUCUCCAAGGGCAAGGGAAGCCCCCGCGAGAAGGGGGCGAUCGACGUGUGCAACACGCAGUUCGGGGACGCCAUCGACGACACGGAUACGGUGCGGGAAGCGGUGAAGGGGCGCGACGCCGGCACCGCCAACACCGUCCUGAGCGCCAUCAUCACGUACUACGACACCUGCGACGACGCCUUCGCGGAGAUCCCCCUGCCCAACCCUUUCGCGAAGCAGGACGACUCCCUCUCCAAGAUCAUCAGCAACGCGCUCGCGCUCGUCCCGAUCGUGAUUUCCUAA